AUGGCCCAGCUUCGAGGGACCGCGAACCCGGCACCCAAGACCUAUCUCGCGCCAACCGCGCUGAGCCUGAGGAGCGCCCCGCUGCCCCGCCCCUCGAGAGCGGACAUCGGUAGCCUGGGCGGGUACCGGGGCAACGCCGCCACCGCCACCUCCCGGGAGCCCCCCUCCCAAAGCGCACUGAUGCUUUCGGGGCGCCGGCGAGGAGCUCUGCGGGAGUUGCUGGGGCUGCAGGGGGCGGCUCCUGCCAGAUGGCUGUUGGAGGAGCGCGGCGAGGAGCAGUCCCCGGGCGGGCCGGGCGGACCCAGCGGACCAGGCGGAUCCAGCGGCAGCGGACUGUGCCUGGAGCCGCGGGAGCACGCGUGGAUUCUGGCGGCUGCCGAGGGCCGCUUUGAUGUGCUGCAGGAGCUGCUGGAGGCUGAUCCCGGGCUCCUGCUGCGGAGCGACCCAAUCACGGGCUACACAGUGCUGCACUGGCUGGCCAAGCACGGGCGCCACGAAGAGCUCAUUUUGGUGCAUGAUUUCGCCCAGCGCCGGGGGCUGCAGCUCGACGUGAGCGUCUCGGGAAGCGGCGGCUUCACGCCUCUCCACCUAGCGGCUCUGCAGGGCCACGACAUGGUCAUCAAGGUGCUGGUGGGCGCCCUGGGUGCCGACCCCACGCGCCGAGACCACAGCGGCAACCGACCCUGCCGCUACCUGCGGCCGGGCGCGUCCCAGAGUCUGCGGGAGCUGUCAGGGGCCGAGGACCCCGAAACCGCGAGCCGCAGCAAGCGCAAGAACGCCAACAACAACUGCAGCGGCACCGCUGCGUGGACGCUCAAACGGAUCCCGAGCGCGGCUGGCGCGAAGACCGGGAAGACAAACACAAGAGCAGCAGGGCCGGCAGCCGAGGAGAAGGACGCCACGGGCAAUCGCGGGUCGCAUAUUCAAGGCCUUUUCCGCCAGCUGUUCCCUUUCUUCCAGGACCGUUGAGGGCAACGGAGACUGGAGAGCUCAGAGGUCGCGACUCUGCUGCGUGGCCUCAGCCCUUGGUUGUCCCGGG